UCGACAGGUGACAUCUGGCAAAUAUUAAAAUUUGUAUACCCAUUCUUAUGGAUACAAUUAUACAGACAACAGCACGCCUUUACGGCAAUAGGCUUGCACUUGUCGCUGUCGCCGAAUUAAAUCACUUUAUAUUUUUGCAGUAUUGGUUACACUAACAGAUACAAUAAAUGUAAAAUUAUUGAAAACGCUAAAAAGUGUAAUAUUAUUUCACCAGCAGAAGCAUAAAAUAGCCUUCAAAAUGUUCAAGAAACUGGUUUCAAGACGCCAUUUGCAGAUAAUGAUAUUUAGCAUUCGCUACGUCAUGAAUUGCAGUCGUCUAUGUGCUUAAAGCAACAUAUAUGUGUAUGAAAUAUACAAGUAUCAGAACAAUUGUACUCAUUAACAAAUUUCGCUUCAAUCAGAUGAGUAGCAACCUGCUGCGGACUACACAUUUUCAUAGAACACAAAUGUUUUCUUUUUCCUCACUAAAUGUAUUCUCUGUGUGGUUGUCUUCUAUUGAGCGAAACAACAAUGGUUAUACAUGUGCAGGUAUACUCACAUAAAAACCACGCUAGUUAGUGAGUUAUCAACCCGUAAAACAGCUUGAGUUCAUAAAGCUGUUGAGAGGGCGACAUGGUGAGCGAAGCGCGGAAUUUCAAGAUAUCAGCAUAGCAACUGGUUUACGAUUAUAUGCGAUAUCAUUGAACAUUGAACGUUAAAAUAUAUUACUUAAGUUUGUACUUAACACGAAAAGGUUUAGGAGUUAUAGCUGUCGGACAGCAUAAAACAAAACUGCACGGCGAAAAUACUGGUAUACUAGUGCAGACACAAGCCCAUUAAGGUUAAGCUAUAGAACAUUUUGUUCGAGUUAUAAAUUGAUAUAGAGUUAUUGUGAAAGGAGCUGUAAUAGGUAAUUGCCGUUCAUAUUCAUAAUGAAUGAAUCCCAGAAGUGCUUUGAAUUCCAGUGAGACACAGCAUUCACAAUCAUCCCAAAGUAUUAACCCUCAUUCGACAGAUCAUGAUCAUGAUGACGAUGAAUCAAGUAGUUACGAUGUCUUAGUCGCCAAAGUUACAGCCAUGGUGGUACUUUUCUGCGCGAGUACGUUAUGCGGUAGUAUUCCUUUUGCACUCAAUAAAUUUUUUCAUUGGACAGAGGAACAUACCAAUGCCCGCUCAGCAACAGUUGUUAAAUGUUUGUUAUAUUUUGGCGGGGGCGUGUUGUUAGCCACAACAUUCUUGCAUCUUUUGCCCGAAGUACAGGAGGCAGUCGAGCAAUUACAGGAGUGCGAUAUAAUUCCCGAUUUGGAUUUUAGUCUAGCGGAAUUGCUUAUGUGUAUCGGUUUCUUUCUCAUGUACUUAAUAGAGGAAGUUUUACACACAUAUAUACACCAACAUAUGCGUCUGAUGGGCAGUGAUGCUGGUGCAGGUGCAGCUUUCGAACGUGGACGUAGCAUACGCAACAGUUAUUUAGUGGCGGGUAAAACAGCUGCCAAUGAAUCAACAGAGGAAGGUGUUCAUAAUGAGGAUACCAAAAUAAAUAUUACGACCACUUCAAACUCUCCAAGUGUCUCAGAAAUUAAUGUUGAAAACAUUGUAAGUGCAUCAACCCUUUCAAAGCAAAAUUUGAUAACCAAUGAUGUAGAGAAUACAAAGUACAAUAAGCAAGCUCAUAAUAAGGAGGCACAGAAAUACGAACCUCAACAAAUACACUACCAUCACCACCACCACCAUCGUGAUCAUCAACAUCAACUCAGCCAUGACCAAGCUUUUGGUCAUUCACAUGUGCCGAUUGGCAAUGCUAGCGAUAGUAAAGAUGCGAUCACAUCGUCUUUACGUGGAUUAUUCAUAGUGUUAGCGCUAUCGUUGCAUGAACUAUUUGAAGGUAUGGCCAUUGGUUUAGAAAGCAAUGCAUCGGAUGUAUGGUUUAUGUUUGGUGCUGUAUCCGCGCAUAAAUUGGUGCUGGCAUUCUGCGUUGGGGUCGAGUUAAUUGUAGCACGCACUCGCUUCGUGCUCUGUACAGUAUAUGUGUUGACAUUUGCUAUAGUAAGUCCGAUUGGAAUCGGUAUUGGCAUAUUGAUCAGCCAAAGCGAUAUUAUUACAUCACCUAACAUACCAUCAGCCAUAUUGCAGGGAUUAGCUUGUGGCACACUGUUAUAUGUGGUCUUUUUCGAAAUUUUGUCGAAAAAUCAUUCCGGCCUGGUUGCUUACUUCUCGUUGCUGUUAGGAUUUUUAAUCAUGUUCGGGCUACAACAGUUGG